AAAAUGGAAGGCGCAGUACCUUUCUUGCUGUUAUGUAUAGUUGCUUAUUGAGUGUAUAACUUGGUCUGUGUACUGGUUUCAUCUGUUAAGUUUUGUUGAGAUAUGGUUUGAUGAUGAAGGAGUGAUAGUAAAAGACAAGCCGAAAUCGAUGUUGAAGAGGAUUGGGAAGUCAUAUCAGAGAUAAAAUAUGUCGAAGAGGAAGAAGAAGAUGAAGAAGAGGAAACAAAGGAGAAGAAAUAUGAAGCAGUAGAUCUCAAGAUAUGCAAAGGAUUUAGAAGUCCUGAUUUUGAUUCAUUCCUUGCUAGUGCCUUGCAGUGCUUGAUUUCUAUCCCUGAGUUCUGCAGCCCCCAAAAGAAUGAAGAAAUGAAGGAUACUUGGGAUUUCAAGUUCAAUCUACAAAUGAGUGUUUCGGAUGAAAUCAAGGAUUUGAAGAGAAAAUACUUCGAUGAUAAUUACAAGGAAAUUGAUAUUAUGAAUAUCAGGAGCUGCUUUACCAAAGUGUUUCCAAGAUUUCGCCAUCACGACUCUUUUGAUUUAUUGAUGGUUUUGUUCGAAGAUAUACAAAAGGAGAUAAAUCCAAAAAAGGCUCCAUUUAUUCCAAAUGACUCUCUGAACUAUAAAGAUAUAUGACAGGAAUAUGAGAAAAGCCAUCCAUCAAUAGUUGACCAACUCUUCGUGGGGUUAUCCAUGCUAACAUAUGCUUGUCAAGAUUGAGGGAAUGAUAACAUUAUUUAUGAUGAAUUUAAACAUAUACCAUUAGAUUGAAUCCAGCAGUCCUCAAAAUCAGCAUUAGAAGAAUUUAGAGCUAGCAUCAAUCGAGGUAAAUAUCUACACUAUCGAUGCAAAAAUUGCCAGUAUGACAGCCUCUGAAUGUUCACUAAAAAGAUCAUAAAAUACCCCAAAUAUCUACUCGUCCUAGUCAGGAAAGGAGAGUCAAAGAACCAGACUCAAUCAAACAACCCAAUAGACUACAAAAACAGUUUUUCCCUCUCCACUCCUGACGUACAAACAGUAACCUACACUCUCACAAACAUCAUCUGCAAAACCCAGACACUUCUCUACAACCACUACACUGCUAUCUGCAAGCGUGGCUAUAACUGGGUGCUCUUCGACAAAACCCAAUGCUCUAUCCUCCCUGACCCCUUUGACCUAAGCAACCAUCCAGACGCAUACAUUUUAUUUUACAAAGCAGAAGAGUUUCUAGAAUUUUAACUUCAAUCAAGAUUUGUUUGAAC